AAUCCAGUUUGUGCGCAGAGCUCCGCUGGCUGUAAACUAGGUUUCUUCGUCGUGAUACGACCGACCGAGCUGAGCCGAAGAGCCGGAACUCGUGCGUGCGAGCUGACCUUGCAGCAGGCGCAGCGGGUCGCGGCAGAGGAGCGGGCUGGGAGAAAACUUCGUCGAACGCUCAGCGGAUGGCCGGGGCAGCGAAGGGAGGGGGCGAGGAACAGGCGCAAAGGAGACAGCGAGCCUGACUGGUACCGAAGGGAGCACGACCAGGACUUAGAUGGUGAAGUAUCCCUCGGUGGCAUCGGUGCCUGUAAUGACUCCGCGACGACGAUUGAUGCCAGCUAUCACCGGACCCUGUACCCGGACAAGUAAAAAUGACACUCUCUGACUCAAGGUGUCCUGACCUGAAACUCGUCGGGGGCGACGACCUCCACGCUCAUCACAGGCUCCAGGACAGUGGGCCCGGCGAGAGGGAAGGCUUGUCGCAUGGCGCCGACUGCCGCCUGUCUGAAGGCCAGUUCGCUGGAGUCAACACUGUGAGAGACGCCGUCCUGGAGGACCAUCCGCACCCCCGUCAUCUUGUGGCCUGUUAACAACCCUGCGUGUAUAGAACCUCUUAUAGAGACUCCUAAUUGAGGAUACUCCUGCCUAUAUUAAUGGAUAUCAUGUGGCCUUAUGUGUAUACAUUGGUGGAACCUCCCAUAUUACAGAGUCUUUAUUAAUGGAGACUCCUGGUAUAAAUGGAGAUUACAAACAAAGUUAAACUUGCUUCUAUCAGGUUUGUGCUAAACCUCUGAAUAAGGGGCAGUUUAGCAUGAGACGAGACCAAGUGUUUCA